UUGGUUUCACUAUGCGCUCGUAAAAACGGCUCCGUCUACUACAAGCGCGGCGGUGCAGGUGCUCUGUCUGUUCGGGAGAGGAUGCGGAUGGAAGGACGGGGGAGGGAAGGGAAGAAGGAGAGAAAAUAAGGAUAUGAGCAGGGGCUUCUGCUAGAGAGACCGCGGAGGUGCAAGGUCGAAUAUGAGAGAUUGGUUGAACGGGGCACUUUGCGUGGUAAUAGCUGGUCGGCAAUAGUACUAUGAUUUGGUAUGUGGCCACUCUGAUAGCAAGUGUAUUCAGCACCAGAGGAACGGCCGCUCAAGGUGCCCACGGAGUGAGAGAGGAGCCCCGCUUUGUGACGGCGCGCGCCGGAGAGAGCGUGAUCCUGGGGUGUGACGUGUCCCCUCCCCUGGACGGCCAGCAGCCCCCCUAUGUGGUGGAGUGGUUCAAGUUUGGAGUGCCUAUUCCCUUCUUCAUCAACUUCCGCUACUACCCUCCUCAUGUGGAUCCAGAAUACACUGGUCGAGCCUCUCUGCACGGGAAGGCCUCCCUGCAGAUCGACCCGGUGCGCUCCGAGGACCAGGGCUGGUACGAGUGCAAGGUCCUGAUGCUGGAGCAACAGUCCAACACCUUCCACAACGGCAGCUGGGUGCACCUCACAGUCAACGCCCCGCCUUCAUUUACAGCAACACCGCCUCAGUAUGUGGAGGCCAAAGAAGGAGGAAGCACCCUGCUCAGCUGCUCUGCCCAGGGAAACCCCAAACCAAUGAUCAGCUGGCUGAGAGAGGGGGAGGAACUCGCAACCAACGCUAAAUACUCGGUCCACGACGGCACUCUCACCAUCCUGGGCAUCACCAGAGACGACCGAGGGGCGUACACCUGCCGAGCCUACAGCGACCAGGGAGAGGUGCUGCACACCACCCGCCUGCUGGUGCAAGGUCCUCCGUUCAUCGUCUCGCCACCUGAAAACAUCACUGUAAACAUAUCCCAAAAUGCACUCUUCACCUGCCAGGCGGAGGCGUAUCCCGGCAACCUGACCUACACCUGGUUCUGGGAGGAGGACAACGUCUACUUCAAGAAUGAUCUGAAGCUCCGAGUGCGCAUCCUCAUCGACGGCACCCUCAUCAUCUUCCGGGUCAAGCCGGAGGAUGCCGGGAAGUACACCUGCAGUCCGAGCAACAGCCUCGGCAUCUCGCCGUCAGCAUCAGCCUACCUGACUGUUCAGUAUCCUGCCCGAGUGAUCAACAUGCCCCCGGUCAUCUACGUCCCACGGAAACUGCCAGGCAUCAUCCGCUGCCCGGUGGACGCCAACCCGCCCGUGACAUCAGUGAAGUGGGAGAAAGACGGAUAUCCGCUCAGAGUGGAGAAGUACCCCGGUUGGAGCCUGUUGCCUGAUGGAAGCAUCCGGGUGGCGGAGGCUACAGAAGACUCCCUGGGCACCUACACCUGCGUGCCUUACAACGCCCUGGGUACCAUGGGCAUGUCCCCCCCUGCCACUUUGGUGCUAAAGGAUCCCCCUUACUUUAACGUUCGGCCUGGGGGGGAGUACCGUCAGGAGGCGGGGAGAGAAUUAGUAAUCCCCUGUGCUGCUUCUGGAGACCCUGAUAUACCAACCAUCAGCUGGAGAAAGGUGGGGAAGCCGAGCAGGAGUAAGCACAACAUCCUACCCAGCGGCAGCUUACAGUUUCUGUCCCUCAGCAAGGAGGACCACGGGGAGUGGGAGUGUGUAGCCACCAACGUGGUGACGAGCAUCACUGCCAGCACGCGUAUCCUAGUCAUCGGCACCAGCCCGCACGCUCCCGGCAACAUCCACGUCCUGCCCUCCACCACUUCCGCCAACGUGUCCUGGGAACCGGGCUACGACGGCGGCUUCGAGCAGACGUUCUCCGUGUGGUACGGUCCAGUGUCAAAGAGAAUGGACUUCGGUCCUCACGACUGGCACUCCAUGCCGGUUUCUGGUGCUCAGACCUGGCUGCUGGUGCCGGGCCUGGAGCCGGGGACGGAGUACCAGUUCAGUGUGUUGGCGCAGAACAAGCUGGGCACCGGCCCCUUCAGUGAAGUUGUGACAGUCAACACUGCAGGCUCUCCUCUGGGUACCCCAGAACCUCUGGUGCUUCUUACUCCACCACGGUGCCUCACAGCCAACCGCACGCAGCACGGGGUCCUCCUCACCUGGCUCCCCCCGGCCAACCACUCCUCCCCCAUCGACCGCUACAUCAUGGAGUUCCGCCUGGGCGAGCGCUGGGAGGUCCUGGACGACUUGAUCCCGUCCACCGAGACAGAGCUCAUCGCCCGAGACCUCGUUCAGGAGUCCUGGUACGAGUUUCGAGUGAUGGCGGUCAUGGACGACCUGAUCAGUGAGAGCAGUAAUGUAGUGGGAGUGUCGAGCACAGCAGAUCCCUUCCCCCCUGCUGAGUUGCCCGACGAGGGGCUGGCGCGGCCCGUGGUGGCGGGCGUCGUGGCAACCAUCUGUUUUCUGGCAGCGGCUGUACUGUUCAGCACUCUCGCAGCUUGUUUUGUCAAUAAGCAGCAUCGUCGCAAACUCAAACGUAAACCAGAUCCUCCCUUGUCGGUGACACACUUCAGGAAAAGCAUUGAGUCGCCGUUAUCAUCGGGGAAGAUAAGUCCAGAGAGCUCCCCUCCAUCUCGGCCUCGCUCUCUCUCGUCGGAGGGCUCCCACGGACCGGGCCUGUAUGUCAGGAAGCUGCCCAGCCCUCAGAGGGAAAAAGACAAAGAGCUCUCCUUCUACAAGAAAACCAAGCGUGCCAUAGCCAGCAAGAAAUACAGCGUGUCCAAACACGAGGCGGAGGUCACCACGCCCAUCGAGCUGAUAAGCCGCGGCCCCGACGGCCGCUUCGUCAUGGAGACCAGCCCGCCUCCCCGCCGCAUCCAGGGCUUCCCCUUCGCAGAGGAGUCCGACAUGUACCCCGAGUUCCGGCAGUCCGAUGAGGAGAAUGAUUUUGACCCCGGGCCUCUGCCGCCCAUCAUGCCCACGCUGCGGCCCCAGCUCUCCCCAACGUCCUCCAGCCUGGAGUCUACGCAGCCCCCCACCUACAGCCCCCGCCUACACAGGCCCAUGGAAGGUAUGAGCUUUGCAGAGGGCAGUGCACUUCACGCCUCAGGGCAGGCCCCGUCCUCCCGCUACAGGGGCUUUCCCCAGGGCCCAUUCUAUGGGUAUCUAGGCAGCCGCGCUGAAUCAGGGAUUCCACCGCCAUUCUACAUGCCUGACAUCAGCCCGCGUAGCUCCGCUCUGUCGUCACCCCCGGGCACGGCGGAGGGGCCCUUCGGCUACCCCUCCAUCCCCGAGGAGAGUGGAGAGCUGGAGCACCAUCAGUACACCGCCUCCGGCCACUCUCUCUCUCACACACACAGCCCUCCCCGCUCGCCCGAAAGCUGGCAGCCUCACGAGUUACCCUUCCUGGGCCUCGAGGGCCCGCGGUUUAUAUACCCACCUCACCAUCCUUUACACCACCCCCAGGACCUCCCCGACCCGCCCCCGUACCCUCCUCACUCUCUGCCCCCCAGCCGCCUGCACCUCCCUCCCCUGAAGGAUCCAACAAGCCCUGGACUCCUGCAGCUGGAGGUCCCUGUGGCUCCCCCGGGCAGGGACAGGCCCCCGGGGCCCCCGGUUAGGCGCUUAGCUAUGCAACAGGCCCAGAGUCUCGGCCAGCUCAGACACACGGCCCACGGUGUGGGCGUACCAGUGUUGCCUUACCCUGACCCGGCAGCCCGCGCAGGGAGCCCAAGCACAGCCCCCAGUAGUAGCCCUCAGUCCUGGCUCAGCCCGAGGGCGGGGCGCCGGGCGGACCCCAGCCUACCCCCGCUAGUCCUCCAGCCCUCCCGCCUCUCUCCGCUCUCCCAAAGCCCCCUUAGCACCCAGCCGGGGUCCCCGGAUAUCCUGGUGCGGCCCCCGCCGCGGCCCAGCAUCCUCCGCACCUCCCGGUCUCUGGAGAUGCCGGAGAUCACCCUGCAGCCCUCGGCCACCGUCAGUUUCUCCCGGAGGUCCUCCCUGACCGCCUCCCCCACUCAGAGCCAGGGCGCCACGCAACCCAGCCCCAGUUACCACGCCCACAUGUCCUACGCCUCCACUGCAGCCAGUUACCCCUCCCAGUCCCCCUCCCCCCCUCCGGAAGGCAGGGAUGUUUUCGGGCAGAGGCCAUCCCAGAGAAGGACAGAGGAGGAGAUGCUGCCCUCAGAGCCCUCCCAGCUCCAGAUAUCAGCCUCAGGGGAACCUCUAGGUGCGUCUAGUGAUACUGCCGGGUCUGAGAGCUUACCAGCACUGCUACACCACUGUAUUACUAAAGCCAAGGGAGUGGCUGCCAACAACAAUAACAACACGAACUCCAGGUGGAGAACAGGUGUUUCUCCCUCUCAGACCCAGCAGCAAUCUCAGACACCCCCGGAGGGAGAGGAUCUCAACUUCCGCAGAAAGAGGAAAAGGCAAAACAAGAAGAACCCCUAUCUCUAUUUGACCUCCCUCCUGCAGCGCAGGCGGUCCGAGGACGACCAGACCGGCAUCCUGGCCAGCGCAGACUCUGAGGGCCCCAACUACGGGACUCUACGCUGACCCGAGUGUCCGCCAAGCCAUUGGACUCGACUUGACUCCGCCCCCCUCCACCCCGCCUCAGCCCCCCCCCCCCCCCCCUGCUCCACAUCGACUCCAUCAAACAAACAAACAAACACCUUUCUUAUAAUCUCUGAAAGUCUCGUGUGUUUCGGGGAGCGGGGAAACGCGGAGGCGACGACUCCGAGGGGCUGGAAAACGUCUCCCAAGACAAGAACAAUGGCUUUUUAUGAGUUGUCACCACCACUUGUCUCUGAGGAAUUUCACUUGAAAAUGCUCUGAAAAUAUAUAAUGUAUAUAAAUAGUAAAACAAGGGAAUGAAGCUUCCUACUACAGUAAUAAAAAAGUGUUGGUUGAGUAUGUCACAACACGUUAAAGAUUUUUCACUCACUGGUCAUCGAGGGGUCCAUAACUUUAGGUUUUUCAGUGAUACAGCGUACUGUUAAUCCUGGUGCGUCCUCAGACGGGGACACGAGUUCUACCUUUCCUACAAUACAAAUAGUGUCAGUAUUUAAACACAGGGUUCUUACCACAAAAUAUACCUCAGAGUAAACGCAGAGUUGCUGUAAUUCUUGUGGUAUACUGUACGUACUUGACCUUUUUACAUAUGAAACGUAUGGAUAAAAAGGUUUAUAUCACACACACACACACACGCCACUCAUUCAAAUGAACAAUAUGGCCUAACUUUAUCUGAUUAAGACGCUUUUUUUAUUAUCAGCGACAGCUGGCUUAUUGUGUUUGCUUCAGUUUGUGAUCCGAUGCCAACCAUUCGACUCCUGAGUCUUAAUCCUGGUGCUGGGCGCGUCUGCGCCGCAGCGCUGCGUUAAGAUCGAAGCCUUCAAGAGAUCUCUCAAAUGAAUUUGGGACUGAAAUGCUGAGAAGACUCAGAGGAACCGGGGGUGAAAAGUCGUGACGUGUACUGUAGUAUGUAUUUCAUUAUUAAGGAAUCAUUUGUGAAAUGUGGCACAUUUCGAGGUGCCUUUUUUUGCCUUUUUCUCUUCUUUUGUUUCUUUUUUAUUUAACAUAAACUUGCCUUUUUCCUUCGCCUUCAUAUAUUUGUCUCUCUGGGGGAGUGAGGGACUCCAGGACUUUGUGUGGUUUUACUUUCUCUGCCAAGGACACGUGAGAGAAAAUGCAUAACUCUUGUUCGGUUUGAUUUUAACCUGCUUCAACUGUGUAUAAUCCAAGUAGUGGGACACAACCACCAUAAAUGUAAGAAAGAAAAAAUACAGACAUUUAGUUGUGGGGAGGUGGACAACGAAUACAUUCUACUGUAGAGGAAAAGUACUGAAGCACCAUUUGUGCAAAAAGAUUUCAUGCAAAAAGA